CGGAGAGCAGAAGAGGAGAGGGAGCUGGGGAGAACGAGACAAGUUUGGAGGGGAGGGCAGGCAGAGUCGGCAGCCCCCGAGGCUCUCCUCUCCCACCGCCCAUCCCUUUCCUCUCUUCUCCCCCAGCUCCUCUCUCUGCCCUAAACUUCCCCCCCCCCCCGAAAACCCCUAUUAGCCAAAGGAAGGAGGUAAGGGGAACUCUCUCUCCUCCUUCCUCCCAAAAAACUUUUCCAUUCCGGAGAGAGCAGGGACCGAGUGGGCACCCGGCUGGCCAUGGAGCUGCUGUGCUGCGAGGUGGACCGGGUCCGCAGGGCCGUGCCGGACGCCAACCUGCUCUACGACGACCGCGUUUUGCAGAACUUGCUCACCAUCGAGGAGCGCUACCUUCCCCAGUGCUCCUACUUCAAAUGCGUGCAGAAGGACAUCCAGCCCUACAUGCGCAGGAUGGUGGCUACCUGGAUGCUGGAGGUCUGUGAGGAACAGAAGUGUGAGGAGGAGGUCUUCCCUUUGGCCAUGAAUUACCUGGACCGCUUCUUGGCUGGGGUUCCGACUCCCAAGACCCACCUGCAGCUCCUGGGUGCUGUCUGCAUGUUCCUGGCCUCCAAACUCAAGGAGACCAUCCCUCUGACUGCAGAGAAAUUGUGCAUUUACACCGACAACUCCAUCAAGCCUCAGGAGCUGCUGGAGUGGGAGCUGGUGGUGCUGGGGAAGUUGAAGUGGAACCUGGCAGCUGUCACUCCUCACGACUUCAUCGAGCACAUCCUGCGCAAGCUGCCCCAGCCCAGUGAGAAGUUGCCUUUGAUCCGCAAGCACGCCCAGACCUUCAUUGCUCUGUGUGCCACUGAUUUUAAGUUCGCCAUGUACCCGCCAUCGAUGAUUGCAACUGGAAGUGUGGGAGCUGCCAUCUGUGGGCUCCAGCAGGAUGACGAUGUCAGCUCACUCACUGGUGAUGCCCUGGUGGACCUGCUGGCCAAGAUCACCAACACAGACGUGGAUUGCCUCAAGGCCUGCCAGGAGCAGAUUGAGGUGGUGCUGCUGAAUAGCCUGCAGCAGUUCCGUCAGGACCAGGGCGAUGGAUCCAAGUCGGAGGAUGAACUGGACCAAGCGAGCACCCCUACAGAUGUGCGGGAUAUUGACCUGUGAGGAUGUCAUUCGGGCCGAAUGGGAGAGACGUGUUCAAAUGUGCUCUCUCUCCUUCUCUCUGGUUGUGUUUUGUUCUUUAUGUUUUAGGAUAAAACUUAAAAAAAAAAAAAAAAAAUUCUGUCCCCACCUAGAUCAUAUUGAAAGGUCUUUUAGAAGUGAGAGAAAAAGGUCCUAUGAAAAUGGAAUAAUUAAAAGCAUUUGGUGCCUAUUCAGAGUACAACAGAAGGGAAUCCCUUUGUGUAUGCGGACAGUUAUUAUUUGAUUAUGUUAAAAGCAAUAGUAAGAUGCUUACAGGAGAACCUGCAGAGUAGCUAGAGAAAAUGUAUGCCUGCAAUAUGGGAACAAAUUAGAGGAGACUUUUUUUUCAUGUUAUAAACUAGCACAUAUACACCCCUUUUAGGAUAAUUUCAAGGAACUGCAUAUGCCAUUUAUGGCAUGAUUAGAUUGCAAAGCAAUGAACUCAAGAAGGAAUUAGAAAUAAGAAGGGACAUAAUGGGGAGGGAGGACAAAGCAACCUGUCAACGUGACUGAACCAUUUUGGAUGUAGAAGCACCUUUGCUCUCGACCACCUGUUACUUACGUCGGGAGCAUUUCUGGGUCUCUAAUUACAAAUUCUUGCUGUCUACAGUAGCUGCUACCUGAAAAAGAGGUUUUAUUUCCUGGUUGGACACAGGUGAUUGAAUCCUGGGUUCCAUGUUUUUUGACAUCUUGCUUCUUCCAAACAUGGUUCAUUGUAGACAUCACCAUAUUUUUAUCUAAAGGGGCAAUCUAGCUCUGGACCAUUACCAAAACUCAAUACGAAACAGAGGCAGAUGGAGACCAAGGGUGGGAUCUGGAAGGACAUCUUUUCUCGUAACAUAUUAAAGAGCGUAAUGUGACCGUGGCAUCCCUUAUUAGGAAAAAACUAAUUUCUGGUGCUGGUUGGUAUGUCUGGUCCACAGUUUAGCAUUGUUAUAAACCAUUCCCUUCGAAAAGCACUUUGAAAAAUUGUUCCGGAGGGGUAGAUGGGAUGGUUUAUGCAAAUCAUGCUGAAUAGACCCCUCCCUUCUCCUCUGGUGCCCCUCCCCCCACACCCUCAGUCUGGGUACUACGAAAGAGCUUCUGGUAUCUGCCAUUGUCGGGUCCAUAGUUCUGGUGUUCUUUACCAGGACUCCAGAGACACCCCUUUCUGCUGACUUUCCCAUCACCACAUUCCUCAGAAAAGCCUAAAAACAAAGAGCUGUUACCAUUUUUCAUGGCACAGAAAGAGCUUAAUUCCCACCCAUAUACUUCUCCUUUGGACGUGGAAAGAAAGGUUACCGCUGGUGCAAAGACAGCUGAACGUCAGGGGGGCAUUCUGUUCCCUUUCCGUUUUCUGUUCAUUUCAUUGCAAAGUCGUAUUCAGUGUACUUGAAUGUUUUUCCUCUCCACUUCUUAGACACAUACAGUUAGCAAAGAGGUUGGAGCAACAACAUGUUUUUUUUUUUUUUUUUUUGCACAAUUAUAAUUGACAGGUAAUGAAGCUAUUUGUUAAAAUGUUUGCCUUUUAAGUAAAAAAGAAAAAUCAGAACAGGGCUACUUUGAAGAAUUAUUUUAUACACAGAUUCUGCCUUGUUUCAUAGUAUGAGGGUUGAAGAUGGAGAAAAAUCUAAGGGUCUCUUAUUUUUCAUUUUAUUAUGUUCAGUUUUUUUUUAUUAUUUUUUUUUUUUUGCGCUGCUAAGAAGCUAAGAUCAUUCAUCCUUAUUCACAUUAACAGUACCUAGCUGUAAUGUUUUUCACAGAGUGUGCUGCUAUUUUAUAAACAUUUUUAUAAUAUAUUAUUUUACUGCUUAAAUACCAAGUCCCAAAGUAGAUGGUUGAGAUAAGAGUUCUUUGUACUGGAAAAGCCCUCCAUAGUUUGUUUUCUUCUGGUAGCGUAUUCAUGGUUGGUUUUUUUCCUUUUUGGGUUAUUUUUUUCUCUCUCUCUCUGAUUACAUUCUUCAAAGACAGAGUAUUCUUUACCUCAGGUUUACUGGACAAAGUCAAUAGCUACAAAAGAAAAUGAUUCACAUUUUUGUUUUCAUAAUACCUCACAACCAUACAGUUUUCUGCUUGGGAGCCCGUGAGUGUGUAGAAAGGUGAGGAGGUGGCUGCAUGCCCUCUCAAUUGAAAGGUGAGGUGGGUUUGGCCCAGGGUCUCACCGCAGGGACCUUUUCAGUCACAAAGGUCAUCAGGCUUCCAUUUUGACUCCGGUAUCCUCAUCAUGAUGGAAAAAAUACAAUUGAACCAAGGGAUUUCCCCUCCCCCCCCCGGCAGACAUUCAGCAUAGUGGACGAAGAAGUCAUAAUUUGCACGUAGGUAUCAGGAGACAGACUAAAGAGUCCCAGCAGGCUACUUGGAGACCCUCAUCUUGCAGCCCUUUCUAAAGCAGGGCUCUCAUCGCUUAGGGUCCUCUCACCUUGAAAGGACGUUCCCUUCCCCUUCUCUUCCCACAUGGGCAUCCCAGUUUAGGAUGAUUGCAGAGAUUUUUCAGUCUGAAUCUGCAAUAUGCAGUGUUUAGGGGGUUCCUUCCCCCACUUGUCUCCAACUGUGGCGGCAAGCACUGUAUAAGGCCAGGCCCUUUGCUAAGCGGCACUAAAUGGUUUUUAGGUUUGAACUGUAUUGAAGUGGCAUGAGUGGAGAAUUAGGUCCGAUGAUUACUGGAUGGUAGUUGCAGGGAGGGGAUGAGGCUGCCGCUUUACGGAGAUGGACGUCCAGAGGAGUCAGUCUCGUAGGGUGUUUAGAAGGGUCCAGGACUUGGUUAGCAUGACCCUAAAUUCUAGGGAAUUUCUGGUGGGGUAGUGGGUGGUGAAUUCUGAAGUUUUGGAGAGGAAAGUGGAGAAGGCGGUAUUUUAUCAAGAGCCCACUUUGCACAGGACACGCUUUUGGGCCCUGAGACGUUCCAUGGCAUGUAAAGAAGGCAAGGUCCCUAGAGUUCUUGGGGAUCUCGGAGCCUAAAAACAAAAUGAGGUACAAACUCAUUCCAUAGUGACAGGCCCUUAAGCUCAAACAGAAGCAGCAAAUGAAAGAACCUGAUAAAUAAGGGAACAGGCCAACAGACUCCCUGCUGUCUGUAACUUCCCACUUUUCCUGGAGCCCUGGGUGCACUGGGGCCUUCUAGUUUUUUCUCCUUCCUGUCUUUGGGGCCUAGCGGGAUGGUGGGAAAGGUGCUAGGUUGUCUGGAUUUUUCUGCCUGUUCCCUCCUUAAACAAAAGAAGGAACCCCAGAUUGCUUCCGUGGCUGAUACCCUCUCCUUGGCUCUUGGUUUCCUUGGUGGGAGGUUUUGUCCCAGAGGAGUUCAGUUCUCCUCGUGAAUUUUUUUCUUCCUCACCUACUAAAGGGGUUCCAAACCUAUUCUGGUCUUUUUCUACUUUUUUUUGUUUGUUUUUUAAAUCUUUACUUCCUCCUCUUGUGUUUUUCUGUUUUUCUCCAUCAGUGGGGGCUAAGUGGUUCCCCUAGCCUGCCAAAUUUUGUUUCCUUCCCCUGUUUUGGCCAAAUCCUAGGGGGAAGAAUCCUAGUAUGCCAAAAAUAUAUGCUAAGCAUAAUUCAAUUCCAUGCGGGUUCCUAACAGCCAAGAAGCCUGUAGGUUGGAAGGAAGCAGGGGACAGGUCCCACAGCAGAAUGUCUCCCAUGUGCUGAGAGGACAGCCCCUCAGAGAAGGGGCUGUUCUUAGAGGAGGCUUUAUUCGGGACCUGCCCCGGGACCCCACUGAAGAGCUCACCGUGUCUUAACAGCCAGGUCCCCUUUGGUCUAUGAGCUUUGUACAAGAGGCUCUGUUCUGCCUCCUACCAGCCAAGUCAGGGACGCAUGACUCAGAGACCUGCAGGAGCUUAAGUGACAAGGCUAGAGGAGGAAACAACCCUGACUGCAUCACACUGCAUCCCUUCGCUAGCAGGGUGGGCUUCUCUUCAGAGGGAGCUGGAGCUUUCCUGAGGUCCAGCCCCCUCAGUGCCUCUCCACGCUGCCCUGGGACUGACAGGUUAAAAACAUUAAGCAGGAUUGGAUGACUUUUCUCAAAGAGGGCAGGGGAAUUUUCUCUCCGUGGGCCCCAGGGGGCAGGGCUGGGAGAAGAAAUAGACUUGCACCUUAUAUCAUGUAAAUAAUGAUUUUCUAGUUCAAGAAGAUGCUAUUGGUAGUGUGGGAAGGGGAGGUAGGAAUGGGGAGGAAGUCUGAGUGAGCCAGUUGGCUUCUAAGCCAAAAGGAUUCCUCUUUGUUUAUCUUUGAGACAGUCCAACCCUGAGAAUAGCUUUAAAAGGGAAAUUAAUGCUGAGACAGUCAAGUCCCCUUAAGCCAACAGCUAUCACCAACUCUAGCUAUAGAAUGAGAGCAGGCUUCUACUGGUGUGGGCUUGGAGCAGUUCUCAAGAGCUGCUCAUGCCGUCCAUUUGUACAAAAUAGGGCAGGAAGACUCAAGGAUGUUUAUGACUUCUCAUACCACAUGGCUUUUCAUGAUUAUGGAUUCUGAACCCAGAGCAGUCAUUUCAGCCCGAACUAUUCUACAUUAGUGUGUGUCUGCUUUUAGACUUGGCUGGGCUAUCAGACCUGAUUCUUGGCUCAGGUUUCAAGAAGCCAUCGACAAAUGUAUCCAUGCAUGCUGUAGCUGCAACAUUUAUUCUUUGCCUGCAGCCUACUUUGGGGAAAAAAGUGCCUUACUGACUGUAGCCAUUACAGUAUCCAGUGUAUUUUGACAGGUUCCUGUCCUAAGAAAAAAAAAGUUUUUGGUUUUUUUUUAAUGGGUUUUAGUUUUUAUUGCUGGCCAACUCUUAAAUCCCCAGCAAUUCACCAGACCAUUGGAUUUUUUCCAUUAUGUUCAUUACCCUUGUACCAUGUACCUCAGAUCUCUGUUACAGUUUCUCGUCUUGGAUUUCUUUUAUUAUUAUUAUAAUUUUUUUUUUUUUUUUUUGCUUUAAAUGAGUGUGAUGCCAUAUCAAGUCAAUGUAAUUCUCACAAUGUACUCUAUAAGAGGUGUGGGUGUUUAUUUGGUCGGGAUGCUAGCAAGUGCUAAAGUAGCAUGAUCAGUAUAAACAAAAGGUUUUUAGGAAGUAUGGAAAAAAUGUUUUAUUGGCUACGAUGGUGACAUGGUAUAGUCAGCUGCCUUUUAAGAGGUCCUAUCUGUUCAGUGUUAAGUGAUUUAAAAAAAUAAUAAUAACCUGUUAUUCUGACUAGCUUAAAGAUGGAUUUGAAAAUGGUUUUGGAUGCAAUUAGGUUAUGCUAUUUGGACAAUAAACUCACCUUGACC